CUGUCAUAUAUUUUACAAUGAAAUUUGGAUGCAUUCUCCAGAAACUUUCAUUUUGGGAAGAAGAAGCUCACUCACUCACUGAGUUUGAAGAAUCAUGAUUCUCGCUAUGAUAGUGAUCAACAACCAAGGCAAGCCUCGUCUCGCAAAAUUCUACAAUUAUACGCCUGUGGAGCAGCAACAGCAUAUAAUUCGCAGCAUCUAUUCAGUCUUAUGCUUGCAGCCUGAAAAUGUAACCAAUUUCAUUGAAGGGGCCUCUUUUUUGGGUCCGGAUACACGGCUCGUGUACAAGCUCUUUGCAACCUUGUACUUUGUCUUUGUAUUUGACAGCUCUGAAAACGAGUUGGCCAUGUUUGAUCUUAUACAAGUCUAUGUGGAAACUUUGGAAAAAUGCUUCAACAAUGUAUGUGAACUCGAUAUAGUUCUCAAUUAUAGCAAGAUGCAUACCAUCUUAGAUGAAAUGAUUCUUGGAGGUCAAGUUGUGGAAACUAAUUCUGAAAAAGUUAUGCAAGCUGUUGAAGAAAUUUCAAAGUUGGAAAAGGUGACAACUGCUACGAAACUCAUCUCCAAAUCCGCAUCUCUACUGUGGGGAUAAACAAAAUCAUUUACCAAGUAUUUUUGUAAACCAAACAGUUGAAAAUUACCCAAUAACAUUUAUUUUGACGAACGAAAGUGUAACUAUAAUUGUCUUUACCAAAUACCAGUUUUGAUCA